GGCAGCAAACAAUGAGUUAUUUUGGUCUCUUUUCCGACGUCGUUUCAAGAAAACAAUAACAUAUUUCUGUGUCAAAUCUGGACGUGAAAACUUUGAUCCAAUAAUCAUUUAUCACAUCGAAUUGCUCAAAACCGGACUACCAGGAUGGAUGAAAAGGCGGAUCAUGAUUCUGAUGGGAGUGCCAUUAAAAUCCAAGUGAAAACUGAACCACCAGACGAAGACAUACAGGACUAUGCGGAGGAUACAAUGAACGAAUUACUGGCGAUUUACGGUUAUAACGAGAAGGUGGAACAUGGUGUUACCCAGAAUAUGCAGCUAGCGCCAAAAUACCACAAAGAAGAGCGUGGUCUUCGGAAGCGGCUGCUUAUGGCGCACUCCAACAAAGGUGAUGCGGCGAGUGAGUGUUCUGUGUCAGGGAAUGUCACACCGGUGUCCGGUUCUGAUCCACAGUCCGCUGAAGAAGAUCCUGCCUCACCAAGUAGCUCACAAGACAACACAGAGUUGCUUGAAGCUCUUCAAGAUGGCAAGUGCAGCAACAGAGACCAUAUUACCUGUGCUUGGUGCAAGAGUCCCGGCUUCAAGCAUUACACUCUCAACACACAGACCGAGUCCAAAGCUUUCUGCAGUGAACGCUGCUUCGCUUCUUGUAGGAGGGCAUACUUCAAGCGGAACAAGGUAUGCGACUGGUGUCGCCACACGCGCCACCAGGAUUACAUCUACUUGAUUGAUGGAGAAAGGAGGUUACAGUUCUGCUCCUCGAAGUGCAUGAACCAGUACAAGAUGGAUUCCUACUACAAGGAUGGUCCCACCGUGAGACGUAAAGUGGCCAAAGCUGCGACUAGUAGUGGAAGCAAGAGCAACGGGUCCGUGCCAGUGUCGCCAACCCUGCAGCAGCAGAGUUUAUCAGAACGGAACAGCCCAGAUACUGUCUCGCAGGAUGCUGCGUUUCACGAUUCCCAACCCAGCCCCUCCAACAUUCCUCUGUCUGGGGUAUUCCAGACGAAUUCCAGUUCUUCACAGUCCAUGAUGGGUAUGCCUCAACUCAGGCCAAGUGGAGUCUUUGGGGUGCAGACUGUCGUACCUCCGGCCAUGUCCUUCCGCCAGGUUGUUCCCAAAAUGCCAGUUGUCCAGGUAGUUGGGUCCGGAGGUGUGCCUUUGAAUUUGGUGCAAGGGCUUAAUCAAUCCUCAGCGUCUGGCUCACGUAAAGUGACUGGGCGACUCAAUCCGCAGCAGUGGAGUAAUCUUCAAGGGGUCCAAGGUGUGUCCAGUUUCAAGAAGAUCCGACCAAAACCACAAAGCAACAAUGCUACCUUACCAAGUAGCACUGUGACUUCAUCUGCCAGCAACAAUGCACCAUUCACUAACCAAAAGCCCCGAAAAGACACACAAAGUAGUACUUCAACUCCAAGAGGAAAUUCUGUCCUGCCUCCUGUGACUGUCAUGGUCCCACAUCCUGUCUUUAUACCCAUUCCUGUCCCAAUUCCCAUUCCCAUUCCUGUGUGUAGAGAGGCUUAUGAAGCUGCAAUGGCAAAGAUCAAAGAGAACACUGGGGACACUGAACAGGAGGCGACAACCUCCUAUGAUCAUGAUGAGCAGCAGGAGAGGAAAUCAAAGAAGAGGAUAUCUGACAUGUUCACUAAUGGGAGCUCUCAUUUACCAUCAUCAAGCAGUACUGGGGCCUUUGUGCCCUACCGCAGUCAUCAAGCAGAUGUGCGGGAUAAUGUAAGCAACAGUACUGAUGGCCACUCCAUGGAAGCCAUGUUAUCCAGCAGCAUGCAGACAUCUCUCACCAUCCCCUCCUCCUCCUCUUCUGCCAGUGAGGCCUUGGAGUCCAGAUUGAGACUUCAACCUCAACGGCACCCGUCUCACAUCAGUACAGCCACGGUAGAAGCUAUGCACCGCUCCAUCAACUCACGCAUGCUGCGCCACAAGUGCCUGCAGAGGAGUGCCAGCAUGGACCUCAGCUUUGGCCGCUACAACACCCUCUCUGCUCUCACCGACUUCUUGGGCGAGAAACGUGGCUUCAAUCCCCUCCUGCAUGGCUCUCCUGGAAACCGGGAACUAACUGCAGAUUCUCACGGACUCUCCACCAGAGCCAGCCACUCUGCCCUACCCACCAAAGGGGCGGGAGAGCUGUCUCCAAGCGUUCGGGAAGCACUCCGCUGCCACCUCACCCGUCGGCUGUCCCAGUCGGCCCUGAACCUGACCGAUGUUGGUCGGUACCCUGAGGAGGACCAACUGCGCAGGAGCCAGAGCAUGAGUCGCCUCCAGGAAGACUCGGACAGUGGUCACCACCAUGAAAUGGAAGCCAUCAGUUCUCAUACAAGCCUUGAGAAGCUUGCUGAUACCAGUGAUUCCUCAGAGCAUAUUGACCCUCGAAUUUGUGCUGAUGGUGAUGGGUCUCUGCAGAUGGACGAUUCCGGUUUGCAGCCUGCCAUCAAGAGGAGAUGCCUUGGUAGUCCAAACCAGAUUGACUAACCUAGAGCAGCAGUAUUUUUAAGUGGUCCUUUGCUUUCAGAUCCAUCUGUGUAGCUAUGUGUAGCUGUGCCUUUCACCUUGCACAAUUCAUUCAUCAUUUGUCUCCAAUUCAUUUUUUAGUGUGAAUCUGAACAGCUUGUCACAAGAAAAUCAAAAUCGAUGAUUCAUUGAUGUUUUAUCAUCUUCUAAUCAACAUUGCAAAUGUCCUCGUGAUUAAUAACAGCAUACCUUUUUUUCUUGAGACACGUGAUCUGUAAUGCUGCAUACUGCAUGUAGAUGUAGGUUACAUUUACAGGUUGAAUGUCCAUUGCUCUUUAAUACCGGAAAUAAAAGAAAAUCAAUGUAAUAAAGGAAUUUCAAAAUUGCACCUACUGCUAUAAGUACGCACGCACACACUAUAGGUUAACCCACACGGCAGUUCUUAAAUCGUUCCGUGUUUGUCAUGUUUCAAUGAAUACACUGCCAACAUUCUGAAUAGACAUUGAAUGUGGUAGUUGUUUGUGUAAAAAAAACGUUUGCAUUCAAGCACCACAGCAAAAAAAAAAUAGCUUUAAUUUGAUGUGCACAGUCUUGUGUUAAGGAACACCAAUGUGAUGUCACAGCCUUUUGCCAUUGUGUAUGGUUCCAAAUCAGAUAUCCUCACACCAGGCAUAUGUCAGUAGAUUAGAGCUGGGGACAUUACCCAUAGCAACAAUUGUAAUCAGAGAUUCCUUGCGGUUCACACAUGUAUAUUUAAAACUGUAAAGAACCAGUUAGUUACUGUGUUUUAGUCAUCCUUUAUUGGUUAAAGCGAGGUGAGUCAUGCUUAUUUGCUUGCUUUGCAUUGACAUUACAUAUUUUUUCCCACCACAUUGAUUCACAAAUUACUUUUGUGUUACAUACAUGUACAUAGGACAGCAUGUUUAUUACCAUCAUCCAAAUUCGCUUCAAAUUUUAGCACUCAGCAGCAGCAAAAUCAGUCCCUACGGUGUUCUCAAACAGUCUGUAUUAGUUUAUAAAAUGAGACAACAUUGAUUUGUAAAAUACAAAAUGCAUACCAACAUAUUGGACAUAAAUUAUAUGCAGCAGUUCACUCUGCCUUUCUGAGAAAGGAAGGGCAUAGGGAUUAGUCCAGAUGCUGGACCUUCGAGAAUUUGUUUUCCUCCACACACUGCGCUCUAAACCACUGUUGGCUUUUCCUACACACUGCACUAAACCAUAGAUCGCG